UUUGUGUUCAGCAUUCAAACUCUUGUUAUUAGGGUUGCCCGGCCAUCUAUAUUUAAUAGAAUUCUUCUAUAUUUAACGAAAAUAUUCUAUCUUCUAUGCUCCUAAAAUAUAGAAGCAAAAUCUUUAUAUUUUAGUGUUUCAAAUUUAACAAAAAUAUAGUUGCAAUGUUCAGUUUAUAUUAGUGUAUUUAUUGAGUUGGUUUUAAAAUAUAAUGUUACAUCAAAAAAAAUUAUUUUAAUUUUCAAAUAUGUUUAGUAUGUUUUUAUUUUUAAUAAAUUAGCAAUUAUACCUAAUGCAAUAGAUGCUUUGUUUAAAUCUUCUAUAUAUAGUUUUUAUUUUAUAAAUUCUAUUUACAGCAUUUUGAUUUCUGGCAACCCUACUUGUUAUAACAAUUGUAACUAAGGAACUGAACCUUAAUUAAAGUUAAACUGCAACUCAAAUUGUACAACUGGGUCUAAAAGUGGCAUAUACAUUUUUGUUAAUGUUCAUAACAGUUUUGCAAUAGUAAACCAGAAUUAUGUCAUUCUCGUCUCGAAGAUCCGGCAACACUACAAAAACGUAAUGAAAUCUGGUUUAAAUUUAAGGGCUUUAUAUUUAACCUUAUUUUUGACAGUUGUCCGGUCGCCAAGUCCAAAGAUCCCUUGCCGAUCCCUUCCUGGUCCGACAAUUUGUAAAUCAAUAUCAAUAUGGGUUUAUUUUGGGUCGUUGUCCUAUUUUGCGAAGAAAACUCCGUUGAAACCAUUCCAAAAGUGUGGAUCACGGAAAACGAAGACUUUGCAUAUUGGCCCACUGCAAAGGGGCGAAGUUUAAAAGAAAAAAUUCAAUUUUGUGUACAGCCAGAACCAAGCUGGGAAAAAUUUGCCAUAAGAAAACUUGGAAAGGGAAAGAUUUAUGAAAAUUACUUUGAUGCCAAAACUGCUGCUAAACGAGCAGAGGAAACAUCGGAUAUAAACAAUUCCGAUGAUGAAAAAAGGAGGCGUAAACGCAACCCUUUGUUGGAUAGUGAAGCUUCCAGUGAAGGUGAUACUAGUGAUGAAGUUAGGCUUCCUGUUAGAGAAAAAAUUAAUAAAAAAGAAAAAAAGAAAGAAACAGGAAAAUAUUUGGAAUCCACAUCCACAUCAAAAAAUAAUAAUGGUUCCACUGAUGAUGAAGUUUUUUUUAGGCUUCCUGUGAGAGAAAAAUUGGAUAAAAGAGAAAAAAAGAAAGAGGGAGGCAAAUACUUAGAAUCCAGAUCCACACAGGAUAAAAAUAAUGAUGUGGGACAAUUAUUACUUGAUGAUGCUAUACAUAGUAUUGACAAAAAAGUUGAAAACCUUACUAGAAAGUUUGAAAACUUUAUUAAGAAAUUUGAAAACCUUAAUGUUAUGGUAAAAUUAAUAGUAGACCAAAAUGUUUCAAUAAACAAAAAAAAUGAUGAUUUGGCAAUUGAUUAUAACAAAUUUUUGAUUGAAUCAAAUGAACAAGUUAAAUUAAAUGAAUCAAAGUCAAUAGACAAAUUUAAUAUACCUGUUAACAAUGAAGAAGAGUUAAGGGAUUUGGAGGAAAAACUAAAAGAUGAAAAACAAUUUGAUGAAAUGGUCCAAUAUAUACAAAAAAUAGGUGGAUACAGUGCCUACCAGUCAAUAAAAAGAACCAUGACUAGAGUUUUGAACAACAAAAUUCAAACUGAAUUUAAUUGGUUAGGGGCAAAGGGGAAAAAAGCUUUUAAAGAUUUGUCAUUAGCAAAAGCUUUAAUUAAAGGAGUUCUUCUUAACCCAGCCUGCUUCAAUUGUACGGAAGAAGAUGUGGAGAAAUCUAUUAAGGGGUGGCUUAAGCAUGCCAAUGACAGAGAGAUACUUUUACAGAAAAACAAGACUAAAGACUGAAUAUUAAUUUGUUAUUAAAUUAAUGUUUUUUUUACCUUUUACACACUAUAAUUAUAUUAUACUUAUUAACACAUUUUCGUGUCUAACAUUUAGAAUUAAUGUUUUUUUAUUAUUUUGAAUUAGUAUUUAUUUUGCAUUUAAAAGUAUAAUAUAAUUGUGCUGGGUAAAUACAUUAAAAAGAAAUAUUAUAUUUUUUUACUACUACAGAGUUUAUUCACAUUUUAUAAUAAAUAUAUAUACAGGGUGUACAAAGUUAUCUGCUCACCAUUGCUAACUUUCUUAUUAUUUGAUCUACAAAGUCAGUUAUAUUAGCAAAUUGGUGGCAUUUCUUCUUCUAAUUAAAAUGGUCAAAACAAUUAAACGUCGGGUUUCCGAAGUAAUUACAAUUUUUUUUUUAAAUGGGACACCCUGUAUAUUUUUACAUAUUUUGAAAAACAAUUUAAUUUGGAACAACAAAUUAUUAUGGCAUUACUACCCUAAACUUAAAAAUAAACAAUUAAUAGGCACUUUCUGAUUGUUAAAAUUUGGAUAUUUC